UGUGGCGUAGGCCGCAAACACUCUAGAGUUUGACCCUCGAGGGAAUUCACAUCGGGAUGAGCUCUGCUGGAGACGAAGAGCGCGCUGCUGCGAGCGGAGAACAGAUCCGCCCGCCGGUGCAGGAGGGCCGCGACGCGGAGCUUGCAAGUUUGCAACGGCAGAUUUCGCAAUUGGCGGCCCUGGUGGAGGAGUCGGUGAAGAAAAAGGAGCCUGGCAGCGUCGUGGCGGAUGCAGCCAGUAGGGGUGGCUGGGUUGCUGCCCCCAGAGGCCAACGAGAAGAGCCCACGCUGCCGCUCGGCGGUGGCGGGGGAUUUCUCCAGCAGCAAACGAGAGAUAGUGGGCAAGGACCACGGUCGCUGCUGGAAGGCGGCUGGGCCAGCAGAUCGGGAGCGAACCCUGUUGGACCAGCCGGAGUGGGCCCGGGCAUAGGACCGGACUACGGGGAAGCGAGGGGGUUAAACCCCCCAGGUGAGAUACCCGUGAUUCGAGGAAAUGGAGAAUACCUCGACGGCUACAGCAGUAGCCACAUGAAGAGGGUAACGGUCAAUGCUCCGCUCCUAGACGGAAAAAGCCGUAGCCACGGAUUUGACUCGUGGCGAAAAUCAUUCAUCCAAGCUGCGAAGACCAUCGACGUGGACGGGCUGUGUAUAGGAGAUGCAGAGAGCAGUAUCCCCGUGGGCGACCCAAACUUGCCGACUUCCGAACUGCUCCGUAGGGGGUACACGAGAGCAGAAGUCCAACGGGGGCUUCAGGCGUUCCACUUUAUCACUACUGCUGUGGUAAAAGAAGCUGACAAAGCAAUUAUCAGCAACUGUACGUCAGCGAAAGAGGUCCUUGCGGAAUUGGAAAAGGUCUACGAUCCGGAGUCACAGGGGUCAAAACAGGCCUUGAUGCGGAAGAU